AUGGUCGCUUUUUCGCUUGCUUCCCUAUCUUUGGUUGCCUCUUCCUUGGUCUCGGCCGCUCCUCUAUUCACCCAGGUCCUUACCAAUGGCAGACUUACCGGUAGCUCAUUUGGCUUGCCAGGUGCAAAUGCCACAUAUGACUACGUGAUUAUUGGUGGUGGUCUUGCCGGCUCGGUGAUCGCAACUCGUCUUUCCGAGCAACUACCCAACCAGACCAUCGCAGUCAUCGAGGCCGGUUCCUUUGCAGAAAUCUCGAACACGAAUUGGAGUCAAAUCCCGUACUACUCUGAGCAGUUUGCCAGCGCUGAUGUAGACGAAUGGCAACCUCUAAUCGACUGGGGUUUGGCAACAGAGCCCCAGGGUGGAGCCAACGACAGAAUAUAUCAUUAUGCUCAAGGAAAAUGUCUUGGAGGCAGUUCUGAGCGCAACCAGAUGAUCUAUCAUAGAUCCAGCGCAGGUGCCUACCAAGUGUUUGCCGACCACGUAGGCGACGAUGCGUAUCUCUUUGAGAAUAUGGAACCCUUCUUCAAGAAAACAUUCCACUUCAACAUUCCCAACGAGGAAGUCAGACCGUCAAACGCCAGCGUCAACUACACACUCGAGGGGUAUGACAUCCCUGGAACUGGUGUUGAGCUGUCGUACAACAACUACGCCAAUGCAAUCUCCUCAUACGGACCGGCCGCUUUCGCUUCUCUCGGAGUCGAGCCAAACCCAGACUUCAACUCUGGUGACCUACGUGGCUACGGCUACUUCCCAAGCACAAUCGACCCUGUGACUGGCUUGAGAAGCUCUGCGGAGAGCGGACUCUUGUCUCCUGCGCUCUCAAAGGCUCCUCUGCUUACCGUCUAUCAGUCGUGUAUGGCAAGAAACAUCUUGUUCGAUGGCCAGAAGCGUGCUACAGGAGUCAAUGUGACAGUGGAAGGUAUCAAGCCUUUCAUUCUGACUGCUCGCAAGGAGGUCAUUCUCUCUGCUGGUGCAUACCACUCACCUCAGCUGUUGAUGGUCUCGGGUAUCGGACCUCAAGCGACUCUCCAGCAGUACAACAUCUCGGUCGUCUCGGCUCUUGAAGGUGUUGGCCAGAACGGCUGGGACACUGCCAACGUCGGCGGUCCCUCGUUCAACAUCUCGACCGACUUCUGGGCAUGGGAAAACAUUCCCUCGGAGCUUCGUACAAACUUUUCUCAAGCAACCAAAGACGCGUUUGCAGCAUUCCCCGAAGACUGGCCUGAAUUUGAGUUUGUCCUCUCAAACACGGGCAGAUCACUCUCUUCUACGUCCUCGAGUAAGAAUGACCUCGGCGCCAUUGGUGUAUUGAUGGUUGCAUCAACCAGUCGCGGAAACAUGACCAUCAAGAGCGCCAGCAACGAUGUUGCUCCCGUCAUCUCGCCCAACUGGCUCCUCGAUCCCGAAGACCAAGAGAUGGCUGUCGCUGGGUUCAAGCGCGGACGUCAAAUUGCUCAAGCACUAGGCAACUACCAAGGCGAGAUCCUGCCUGGCUUGAACGUCACCAGCGACGCAGAUAUCCUGAAGUGGAUUCAAGAGACUGGAGUUGGUGCCAUUCACCACUGUACUGCGCUUUGCGCGAUGGGCAGAUCUAACAACACGAUGGCUGUUGUGGAUUCAAAAGCAAGAGUGUAUGGUGUGAGUGGGUUGAGGGUUAUUGAUUCGUCGAGUCUGCCGUUUACUCCUCCUGGUCAUACGCAGGGUACCACUUAUGCUCAUGCAGAGAAGCUGGUGCAGGAUGUCAUCAAUGCUGCCAAAGGACAGUUUUGA